CAGGAACCACGAAUUCUGAAGUGGAUUUCCAGGCAGACUUUAACGCGACUUGACUUUCCGAUCGUUAAUCUUCUUCUCAUUUUCUUAAUCCGUCUCCGUUCAACUGCUUCAAUUUGGCCUCGGUCAAGAUGGCGGACGAUGCGGCAGCUAGUCCCUCCCCCCAACCCGACCUGACUCGGAACCGUCUGCCAACCCUCUUCGAGGUGCUUAGCCGGCGUACGCUUCCACCUGUCGACCUGUUCUCCUUCUACAUCUACAUGAGGGAUCAGCAGCGUUCUGUUGAUUACCUUGACUUCUGGCUCGACGUUGCCCAACACAUGUCGCUCUGCCGCCAUUAUGUGCGAGAGCUUCGUCGAUCCGUUCUCGUCGGCACUCCCGAUCCUGACAAGAGCUCUAAGCGAUCAUCGGGGAUUCUGGAAGCUCUCGGCGAGAUGAGCCACCCUGUUGCGGGACCAUCUAUGUAUGCAUCGGAAAAGGAGAAAGAGCAGGAUGCGCAGAUGUCGGCGUUCUUGCGAGAAGAUCGGGGCGACCGCCACGAUUCGCCGGCGGGCAGCGCCAGACAGGAUCGACCUAGCCCCAAUGUCAGCACGCCCCGCGAGUUCAAUACGGACUCCAACUCCCCGCCUCAUACGGUUGCUCGACAAGACAUCAGGGCGUCUGCGGAGAAAAUUCUUUACACCUUCCUUCUUCCCGGUGCCGAGCGAGAGAUCAUCCUUCCGGGAUCGAUCACACAGGACGUCACGACAGCAAUUGAGGAAUUCGGAAGGGAUGACCCAGAGGUGUUCGACGUGGCUAAGGACUACGUCUUUCAGGCGAUGGAGCGGGAUGCCUUCCCCGGCUUCCUCAGGAUGAAGGCGCUCGGUAACCUCAUUCCCCCGACGCUCGUCAUGCGGCUUAUCCUCGGCCUGGUCUCCAUGUUUGGUGGCUUCUGGGCCGCCUUCAUUCUGAUCUUCCUCAACGAGACGCGGAGAGUGAGGUUGUGGCUCAUCCUUCCUUUUACCAUCGGUGUCUACUUCCUUGCCUCCUACCAGUACUCGCUGGAUCCUGUCCUCGCCCUGAUCGGCCUGAGCGAAUACACCCCAUUCAAUUUCUCCCGGGUGCGGGAACCAUACGUCCGCAAGCUUCUUGCUCGCCGAGCGAUUAUGGUUCUCGCUGUGACGGUACUGGUCGAUGCAGCACUCUGCGUUCUCUUCAUCUUUGUCCCGGGCAAGCGACUGUGAUGGAGCGUUGGCUUGGCUCACGGGAGCUUGUGAGCUGGCGUCGCACCCGAUCAACCCCGAGGAAGGCGUCUUCUCAAUCGGCAACACUCUUUUCUCCAUCACGACAGUCACGACCGCAGAUACCUCUACAAUAAUUUUA